UAUCCAAUUCUCAAUCUAGGGUUUUUCACAACCCCCCAUCUACGCUUCUGUAUCAACCCAACAGAUUCGAUUCGCACUAAUGGCUGACGAAGUACUGUACUCAUCUGUAGGCGGAGGAGAGUCGAACAAACGGAAGUACGAAGAUUCACCUUCGCCCGCGCGGCGGAGAACCACUGGGUUCUCGUCGGCGCCGGAUUCGUCCGCGCCUCCGUCUGCGUACAACAACGUUCCUCCUCCGAUGAACGAGAUCGAGCUGGCGAAGCAGAAGGCUCAGGAGAUCGCGGCGAGGCUUUUGAAUAACUCCGAUCCGUUGAAAAGAGCUAGGGUUGAGAACGGAGGAGGCGGUGACGGAGGAUUUGAUUCAAGCAAUUACGGUAGUCAGAAACCUAUGGGUUUAGGUUUUAGUGCUGCACCGCAAGUUCCAUCCUCUGGUUAUCCGGGUCCAAGCAAAAAAAUCGAGGUACCAAAUGGCAGGGUCGGAGUGAUAAUUGGCAAAGGUGGGGAGACUAUCAAAUACCUCCAGCUACAGUCGGGGGCCAAGAUUCAGGUCACUAGGGACAUGGAUGCAGACCCUAAUUCUUCUACUAGAGGUGUUGAUCUCAUGGGUACUCCUGAACAAAUAGCCAAGGCUGAGCAGCUGAUCAAUGAUGUUCUUUCUGAGGCUGAGGCAGGUGGUUCUGGCAUAAUUUCUCGACGGGUGACUGGGCAACCAUCUGGAUCAGAGCAGUUUGUGAUGAUGGUCGCCAACAAUAAAGUGGGGCUUGUUAUCGGUAAAGGAGGUGAAACCAUUAAAAAUAUGCAAGCAAGGACUGGAGCACGUAUUCAGGUUAUACCUCUGCACCUGCCACCUGGUGAUACGUCAAAAGAAAGGACUGUACAAAUUGAUGGAACCAGUGAGCAAAUUGAGGCCGCCAAACAGUUAGUGGAGGAAGUCACCAGUGAGAAUCGUCCUAGAAAUCAAUCUAUGUCUGGAGGAUAUUCUCAGCAAGGCUAUCAAGCUAGACCACCUACCAACUGGGCCCCGCAAGGGCCACCUCAGCAAUCCGGAUAUGGAUACACCCAACCCGGUGCAUACCCUACCCAGCCACCCCAGUACAACAUGAACCAGCCCCCCUACUCUGGUUACCCCCCUCAACCACCCACCUCUGGUGGGUACCCCACCACGUGGGACCCAUCAGCCGCUCCUCAGCAAAAUCAGCAAGCUCCUCAGGCGGGUGCUUAUGAUUACUACAACCAACAGCAACAACAGCAAACUGCUCCAGCAGAUGGUUCUUCUGGAUAUGGUUAUGGUCAGGCACAAGCCUACAACCAAGGCUAUGGCCAGGAUGGAUAUGGCGGUUAUCAAUCCGGUUAUAAUCAGCCGCCAUCCAAUCCCGCUUCAGGAUAUGAUAACCAGCAGGGAUAUAAUUCUUCUGCCUAUGGUAGUAGUGGUGUAUCCAACCCAACACCCGAUUCGCAGCACUCAGCAGCAGCUUCGUAUGGAGCACAGGGUGAAGCUGUCCCUAGUCAGAAUUAUCCACCGCAAGCUACUUCACAGACUGGUUAUGGUGCACCUCCGCCCCAAAAGCCGCCUGCGUAUGCUCAGCCUCAACAGUCGCCUAGUGCUGCUCAAGGUGGUGGUGGCGGCUAUGCUCAGCCUGGUUAUGCUCAUUCGCAGACGGGCUAUGCACAGCCGGAUUCUGGUGCUCAAAGACCGCCAUCUUCAGGUUAUCAGCAAGGGUAUGUGGCACCACCUUACGGUGGUCCACCACCGCCUUCUCAGCCUAGCUAUGGGCAACAGCAGCCUCCUUCGUAUGGCGGUUAUGGUGGUGGAUAUUCUCAGCCGCCAGCUUACUCAGCCGAUGGUGCUGCUGCCGGUGGUAAUGCGCAUGGUAGUUAUGAUGCAACUCCGCCGCCACAAUCUGCGCAGUCUGGUGGUCCUGCCAAAGCUUCGCCCCCUAGUUGAUUAGUGGUUUGGUAUUUCGUAUUACUGUGUGGUAGUACAGCUGUUGCUGUUUGCUGUAGGCUUGUUUUAGUAUUUUGGGUAUUUUAGUUUUGGGAUAUGGAAUCUGUUUGUUCGGUAACUCCUGUUACGUUUUUUGCUGUAGUUUGAUUUUUGCUUUUUGUUGUACUUUCUGUUUCGAUUUUCUUAUGCUUGGGGGCCUCGUAAUUCUGGUGUUGUAUGGCAUUUCAUAUCGUAUGGUGAUUAGAUUCUUAUCUUCGAACAUUAGUGUAAGGUUUUUAAUAAAUUUCUCAUACAUGUGGAGAAUGUUCUUG